AUGCCCCGCCGUCCUGGUCGCGCCGCUGCUAAGCGCGCAGCCGCGAAGCUUGAGAGCACGCCUAAAAAUUUGGACGAGAUCGAGGACGAAGCGAUGCCCGACGUAGAUGUCGAUGCCGACGCCUCGGAGGUCGAGCAACAAGCAGAACCCGAGGAACAGGAGAACGAAGACGAAUCCGGUGCCGAGCCCGACGAGAAUCCGGAGUCCGAUGGCCCGUCUGCGAAAUCGCCCUCUCCCCCACCGCAGCCCGUCGUCCGGCGACGACGUCUCGGCCGUCCCCCGAAGAAUCGACCUCCCGAUUGGGACACCCUGCCGCUCGAGACCCCGCAGCGCGAUGCGAGUGACACGCCUCGACGACGUGGCCGCGGUGGGUGGCGAGGCAAAGGUGGACGCAAGGGUGCUUCCUACCAGCCUACGCAGCAGACGAUCGACAAGGAAGGCAACAUGAUGGACAUCGUCGACGACGAAGUUGCGUUGCCCGAGGACUCCGAGGGCGAGACCAAAGUUGACAAGUUCGGGAACCUCCAGAGCGGUCGCGAAUAUCGCUGCCGCACAUUCACCGUCGCUGGUCGUGGCGACCGCCUGUACAUGUUGUCGACCGAGCCUGCCCGUUGCGUCGGAUUUCGCGAUUCUUAUCUCUUCUUUACCAAGCACAAGAGGCUGUAUAAGAUCAUCGUCGACGACGAGGAGAAACGCGACAUGAUUGACCGCGACAUCAUCCCUCACUCGUACAAGGGUCGUGCGAUAGGCGUCGUCACCGCCAGGUCGGUUUUCCGAGAGUUCGGGGCCUUGAUCAUAGUGGGCGGCAAACGCAUCAUCGACGACUACGAGGUUGCCAAGGCGCGAGCCGAGGACGUCGUCGAGGGCGAGCUCGCCGACCCGAACGACAAGUUCGUCGAGGGCGAAGAGUACAACAAAAACCAGUACGUUGCGUGGCACGGUGCCAGCGCCGUCUACCAUUCCGGAGCGCCGUCUGUCCCCGCCCAAAGCGGCAAGGUAGACAUCAAGAAGAGACGCGUGAACGUAACAGACAUCAACUGGCAGCUGGAGCACGCGCGAGAAGCAAGUCGGUUCAAUACCGACAUCAGCGCCCUGCGACGCCAGAACCUCUCCGGCGUCUACGACGUGCACACCAACCUGAUGCAGUUCCCCGCCAUCAUGCAGCCGACGCACGUGCGGUUCGAGCAGGUGCGCGACUCGACAGCGGAGACGGGCAGCGCGCGAUUCCCGCCUCUGGACCCGACUAUCCCGCGCAACUUCAAGGUCCUGGACACGCACAUGGAGACGCCGCCGGCCGGCCUCGCGGCGGCCGCGUACGAGCAGCGCGAGGUGCCCGUCUUCCUCGCCGAGUUCCAGGGCCUCGCCGCCGUGCCGGACGACAUCCGGGACGAGCUGCCGCCCGAGUGCCGCGACGCGUUCGACAGGGCUCUCGACCAGGAGGCCGCGUGGAAGGCCAGGUGGGGCCCCGAGAAGACGGCGGCCCACCGGCGCCCGCCCAUCAUCGACGCUGCCAUCGUGCCUUAUAAUAAGAUGUGA